UUAAAACAAGAAAGUAAGAUAUUUUACGCUAGAGGUAGUUUGAUAUAUACUUUCCCUGUUUGAAUCAGAGCCCCACCCUGGGGAGCCCUUUAAAUCAAACUCGUCCUUCCUAUCAAUCCCCUGUAUUCUUUCUAUCGCUCAUUCGCUCUCUUUCAUAAUGGCGCUGAGACCCAUUGAUAAUGCUCUCCCAACAACACCAGAAAGACCCAAAAAGCAAGCAAAAGUCGUGGUUCCAAUCCAAAAACAUUCUGAUUCUUCUGUGACGGACGAAAACAAGGCACCAUUGCCACCAUCUGCAGAUGCCACCGUUGAUUAUGUUUUGUCUGAGAAUCUGAAGGCCAUACAAGAUCCUGAAUCCAAGAUCCAAAGCUUGAUUGAAGGGUUAGAUUCAAAGGAUUGGAUGAAAGUCUGUGAGUCACUGAAUAACGCCAGGCGGUUUGCACUUUAUCAUUCCACUCUCUUGCUUCCGCUUUUAGAAAAAGUAAUGUUGGUGCUGGUGAAGGCCAUGAAGAAUCCAAGAAGUGCUUUGUGCAAGACCUCUAUUAUGGCUUCAUCUGAUAUUUUUAAGGCCUUUGGUGACAAGUUGCUCGACUCCUUCCCCUCCGAUGCAUUUGACCCCUUGCUGCUGCAAUUGCUUCUGAAAGCGUCUCAAGACAAACGGUUUGUGUGUGAAGAAGCAGACAAGGCACUAAGCGCAAUGGUAGGGUCAAUGAAUCCUCUGCAUCUACUCAAUAAGCUCCGGGCAUAUGCCAGCCAUGCCAACCCUAGAAUCAGAGCCAAGGCUGUUGUUUCUAUCUCAAACUGUGUCUCAAAGAUGGGGCUGGAGGGAAUGAAAGAGUUUGGGUUGGUUGCAUUGGUUCAAAUGGCUGCAGAUUUGUUGAAUGAUAGACUGCCGGAGGCGAGAGAAGCUGCGAGAAGUGUUGUGAUUUCAGUAUAUGAGGCUUUUACUAAAAAUGAAGAGCAGAAGCAGGAGGCAUGGCAAAGCUUCUGCCAGUCUAAUUUACCGCCCGUUCAGGCUCAGUCCAUGGUCAAAAUUGUCCCUUCUCAAUAGGGCUUAGUGUGGCGGGCCGACGGCAGUAGAUGUAGUUUCUUCUUUCCCUCAUAAUGAAGGUGAAGAUGGGAACAUUUAUUUGAUGUAAAUGCUGGCUUUACAUGGUUCCUACAUGAGGAAAAUGUUGAGACGGAUAUUUAUUAUGUAGUUCUUGUUGCAUCCACGUAGUUCUUGGGAAGAUGCAGAAAGUAAGAAAAUAAAAUCUUGGAUCUUAUAUGAA